AUGAGUGAUACUUUAAACAUGGCAAUUGAUGAUUAUAGAAAGCCAAGGGGAAGAAACCACAGAUCUUCUCGAAGAGGCGGACGUGUUUCAACAUCACACGUCAGAGGUACUUUAACUCGCAGUGCUCGUCUUAGAAAUGCCCCUUACGAACGGCAGCGCCCUCCGAGAGGUGAUAUAAAUGGUCAAUGGUCCCACGAUCUUUUUGAGGAGAGUUCUUCCAACAAUCGUCGUUCUAUCGCAACUAGUUCUAGACGAAUUAUUUCUAAUCCUAAUGGAAAUAAUAAACUUGUCGUGGAAAAUUUAUUUUAUGAAGUAACUCAAGAAGAUCUUGAGGAAUUAUUUUCUGAAUGUGGUACUGUAAAGAAAGUUCACAUACACUAUGAUCGUGCUGGACGAAGUACCGGGGUAGCUGAUGUUGUUUUUGAAGCACCUUCAGAGGCUGAAGCUGCUCUACGGAAAUACGACGGAAAGACUCUGGAUGGACAUCAAAUGAGAAUUAAAUAUGCCCCUUUUAAACCUGCGCAGAGAAAUACAACUGCGCGUAGUUCUUCUAACACUGAUGGUGGCUCAGUUAUGGACCGUUUAGGCGGUGCACCAAUUAAGCCCUCUCGUGGAAACAUUCGUGAAAGAUUAGGUAAUGCUGCUCCAUCUGCUCCGGCAUCUCGGGGUCGUGGUCGCGGACGUGGUCGAAGUAACAGCUCUUCACAAAAAUCAUCUAAUCGUAAGCCUGUCACGUACGAUGACCUUGACGCGGAUUUAGAUGCUUAUAUGGCAAUUGAUGAUGGACAAAGUGCUGAAAAAAGAGGAAAAAGAACAUCAAGAGGCUUAAAUGGAGAAAAUGGGAUGAUGGAUUUGUCAUAA